AUGUUUAAAAACAUUCCCGGAUGGGAAGAUGAGCCAUAUGCAUCCAUUGCCAGUGAAUGGGCCCGUUCAGCUGGUAAAUGUGAUUGUGAAUGUGAAAAAAGUGAAAUUGACAUGCCUACUAACCUUCUUGCUUGUCUGAAAAAGUUUCCAAAAGAUAAGUGGCAGAAAAGAGGUCUGGGAGGUAAGAGGACAGAAGCAGUCCAGACCUGGGUAGAACAGAAAAUUGGACAGUUGCCAAAAAAGAAGUAUUCGGUUUUAAUUGUCCCCAUACCCGAAUACAUAAUUGGAAUUGAUAUCCUUAAAGGAUUGACCUUACAUUUGGGGGAUGGCUGUUACAGUUUUGGAACUAAACCCUAUAUAUCAGCCAAACCAGUGGUGGUAGGAAAAUUGUUAAUGCCCCCAGUGCAACUACCACCCGCUACUAAAGUAGUACAUAUUAAGCAGUACAGGAUCCCAGGAGGCCACAGAGAAAUUGGAGAAACCAUAGACGAAUUAUUAAAAGCUGGGGUCCUACGAGGGGUCACUACUGCUUGGAACAAUCCCGUGUGGCCAAUACGUAAAACAGACCAUACAUGGAGAAUGACGGUAGACUACAGAGAAUUGAACAAACACACACCUCCACUGACUGCUGCUGUCCCAGACACCGUCACUCUUAUAGAAAAUAUACAGAAGCAUCCAGUGAUCUGGUAUGCAGUUAUAGAUUUGGCUAAUGCCUUCUUCACUAUUCCAAUAGCUGAAGAAAAUCAAGAGCAGUUUGCUUUCACAUGGUUAGGGAGGCAAUACACAUUCACCAGGUUGCCACAGGGAUACUUGCAUAGUCCCACCAUCUGUCAUCGGCUGGUGGCAGAACAUCUUGAUGGGGUAAAAAUACCGUCAGAGGUGAAAAUAUCCCAUUAUAUAGAUGACAUUAUGAUUCAGGGACAGUGUGAAGAACAGUGUCAGCAGAUUCUUGAAGAGAUCAUGGAGCACAUGAAGAGCAAAGGGUGGGAGAUAAAUCCCAGUAAAAUACAGGGACCCGCUCAAACAGUAAAAUUCUUAGGAAUACAGUGGAACAAAGGACACAGAGAAAUCCUUCCAAAAGCUAAGCAAAAAGUGCUAGAGUUUCAAACUCCCAAAAGCAAGAAACAAGCUCAAAGCUUUAUAGGUCUCUUUGGUUUCUGGAGACAACACAUACCACACCUGAGUCAGUUACUCUCCCCUUUGUACAAAGUAACCAGGAAAAAACAUGAUUUUGAAUGGGGAGAUGAACAACAGAAUGCAUUUGAGGGAGCUAAACAGGCUAUCCAACAAGCCCUUGAUCUAUGGCCCAUACAAGAUGGAGACAUAGACUUAAAUAUAUCAGUAAAUCAGCAAUGGGCUAAUUGGAGCCUUUGGCAGAAACAAGGAAGGACUAAGUUUCCCCUUGGUUUCUGGACAAGGAAGUUACUUGAGGCAGGAGAGAGGUACACACCCUUUGAGAGACAGCUCUUGGCCUGCUAUUGGGCCUUGGUAGACACUGAACAGAUGACAGUAGGACAUACAGUGUUCUUACGCCCAGAGAUACCUAUCAUGCAAUGGGUACUUAGUUCCCCUAAGACACAUAGGAUAGGUCAUGCACAAGAGUCCAGUAUCAUAAAAUGGAAGUGGUGCAUACAGGAUAGAGCUAAAACAGGAAAUAGUGGUACGGCUGUACUACAUGAGAAAAUUGCAGAUGCACCGAUACAAGAACCUGGUUAUCUGCCAGACGCAGACAAGCCAGUGGAAUCUCCAGUAAAGUGGGGAAAGUCUUUUGCGCAACUAACACAAGAUCAAGCAAAGCAUGCUUGGUUUACUGAUGGUUCAGCAAAAUACAUUGGUAAUGAAAGACAAUGGAAAGCAGUGUCUUACAAUCCAGAAACCAAGAAAAUUCUGACUACAACAGGAACAGGAAAAAGUAGCCAGUAUGCAGAGUUAUAUGCAGUCUUUCAGGCUUUGAAACAAGAGAUGCCUGGCAGUUGUCAUAUAUACACAGAUUCCUGGUCUGUUGCCAAUGGACUGACCACGUGGUUGCCUACAUGGCAGUCUCAUCAGUUCAUGAUUAAUUCAAAGGAAGUCUGGGGAAAAGAUUUGUGGGAGCAGAUAUGGGAGAUGGUACAUCAAAAUGAGGUAACAGUCUUUCAUGUUGAUGCUCACUGCAAUACUGACUCAUUGGAUCGUCUGUUUAACUCUGUUGCAGACAAGAAAGCCAAGAUCUCAGAGGCGUCUGUUGAAAAUUCUAACUCACUUUUGGGAUUGGCUACUUGGGCCCAUCAGAAAUGUGGACACUUGGGAGAGAAAGCCACUCACAGGUGGGCACAACAGCGAGGCAUUUUAGUGCCACUUGAUUUAAUUAAAACAGUAAUUCUGCAAUGUCCAGUGUGUCAGCAUGAGCAGAAUAGACAUGUACCAGGGAUGGUACGAGGUCAAAUAAAAAGAGGUAAAGCACCAGGGCAAAUAUGGCAGGUGGAUUACAUAGGUCCGCUUCCUAUGAGUAAAAAUUGCCAAUACGUAUGCACGGCUGUGGAUACAUAUUCAGGGUAUUUAUUGGUUCACCCUUGCAAGAGGGCAACCCAAAUAAAUACUAUCAAAAUGUUGGAAACCAUGAUACAGUACUAUGGUCUUCCAUUACAGAUUCAGAGUGACAAUGGAAGCCACUUUAAAGGAAAAUUGGUACAAGAUUUUUGUAAUGAAAACAAUGUUGAAUGGAUAUUUCACAUACCUUAUUAUCCUCAAGCAGCUGGUCUGAUUGAAAGGAUGAAUGGGUUGUUGAAACAACAAUUGAGAAAACUUGGUGAAGGGACAAUGGUCAAAUGGAGAGAUAACUUGCCUACAGCUGUGAACAUCUUAAACAAUAGGCCACUCUCAGAUCAUGACACCCCCCUCACUAGAAUGAUCGCACCCAAUAUACAAGCUAAACCAUAUGUAGCAACUAACACCAUCACAUAUUGGGAAACAGAGGAGGGAGCCUUGGCACCAUACAGGGCUACCCCAGAGGCUGCAGGAAUAGACUUGCGAGCCAGAAAGGAAGAAAGACUUAAAACAGGGCAAGUUCAGAUGUUCCCCACAGAUACCAACAAUGAGAUUGGAGGUUGGGACCAGAGUGAUUCCGCAGAGAUGAGAUGGAAAAAGAUCGAAAUAAGAGUAACCUGCCUGACCAUUAACUGUCCAAACAUGAGAGCGAACCUCUAUGGAGAAGGCUAUUUUAGCCACAAUGAAACUGAGUCAAUUACCUAUAUUAAGUUACCAAAUGAAUCAUUUGGUUUGUUAACGUUAGAAUCUACAACGCCCUUUGGCUGCCGCAUACUGUAUACGCCUGUAAGCUCUAAUAUUUCUUCAGAAGAACUUACCCAAUAUUGGUGUGGCACAGCUAUGAGCUUCAAGUUUGCCCCCAGCUACGCCAACCUCUUUAUGACCCAUUGA